ACGAGAGAGAGAACAUUUCUCCCUCCGACUGAACAAAGGACAAGUAAGUAGAAACAGAAGAAGGAAGAAGAGUCCAACACCGUUCAGCGAGAAACAGAGAGUCUGAGCACUGAAGGGGGGGACCAGAGAGACUAAAAAGAGAGCAAAAAGAGUUUGAGCGGCUUCAGAGAAGGAAGGAGAAAGAAAAAGAGGAGAGACAGAGAGAGAGUGUGUGAGUAUAGGGUCCCGCCCCAUUCCCUUGUUUAUCAUGAGUGUGAGUGAGUGAGUGAGUUUGAGUGCAUGCCAAGUCCACCUCUUACAGCCCCGCAUGAGGGAAGGACGGUAGUGGAGGGAGAGAGAGAGAGAAAGAGAGAAAGAAAGAGGGACAUUCAAGAGAGAAGAGAGAGAGAGAGGGAGGGAUAUUCAAGAGAGUGUGAGAGAGAAGAGAAGGGAAGAGAGAGAGAAAGAGAGAGGGACAUUCAAGAGAGAAGAGAAGAAGGGAAGAGAGAGAGAGAGGGAGAGAGAGAAUGAGAGAGGAGGGCACGGCGCGGGCGAGGAGACAGCGCUGGUGAUUUGCCUCAGAGGAGCGGCGGGCGGAGGAUCACCAGAGGGCACACGGCGCUGCCCAGGGGGGAGAGAGGACACGCCGGCACAGGAGGCGAUGAGUAAAUGAGUGCAAAGUGCAGCCAUGUCGUUCUUCGGCCUGGAUUGUGUGAGGAAGAAAGAGAGAGAGGAGGAAAGAAGACUGAAAGCCAAUGACAGAGAUUACAACCUGUCCUUUAAGUAUGCGACCAAUGCAAUCAAGACCUCAAAGUAUAACGCCAUCACUUUCCUGCCUCUUAACCUCUUUGAGCAGUUCCAAAGGAUAGCCAAUGCCUACUUUCUGGUCUUACUAGUUCUACAGGUGAUUCCUGCCAUCUCGUCACUGUCAUGGUUCACUACCGUGGUGCCCUUGGUCCUAGUGCUGUUUGUGACCGCAGCCAAAGAUGCUAUAGAUGACAUUAAUCGCCACAGAAGUGACAAGAAAGUGAACAACCGUAAAGUACAAGUUCUCAUCAAUGGAGAACUCCGUAGUGAAAAAUGGAUGGAUGUACAAGUGGGAGACAUUAUCAAACUAGAAAACAACCAGUUUGUGACGGCAGACCUGCUCCUUCUGUCUAGCAGUGAACCUCUCAACCUCGUCUACAUAGAGACUGCAGAACUUGAUGGAGAGACCAAUCUUAAAGUGAAGCAAGCUCUCACGGUCACAGGGGACAUGGGAGACAGUGUGACGGCCCUGGCUGCCUUCAAUGGUGAAGUGCGCUGUGAGCCUCCCAACAACCGACUGGACCGCUUCACGGGGACCCUGAGCUUCGCCGGGCAGAAGUAUCCGCUGGACAACGAGAAGAUCCUGCUGAGGGGAUGCACUCUCAGGAACACCGAGUGGUGCUUUGGACUGGUCAUCUUCGGAGGCCAAGAGACCAAGCUGAUGCAGAACUGUGGGAAAACCACUUUCAAGAGGACCAGUAUCGACCGGCUCAUGAACGAACUGGUGCUCUGUAUCUUUGGGUUCCUUGCCAUCUUGUGCGCCAUCCUUGCCAUUGGUAACUACAUCUGGGAGCUACAGGAGGGGUCAAAGUUCACAGUCUUCCUGCCCAGAGAGGAGGGAGUGGAUGCAGCCUUCUCCUCCUUCCUCACAUUCUGGUCCUACGUCAUCAUCCUCAACACGGUGGUGCCAAUAUCCCUCUACGUCAGUGUGGAGAUCAUUCGGCUGGGCAACAGCUUCUUCAUUGAGUGGGACCGUAAGAUGUACUACGAGCGCAGCGACACCCCGGCGGAGGCGCGCACCACCACGCUGAACGAGGAGCUGGGCCAGAUCAAAUACGUCUUCUCCGACAAGACCGGCACCCUCACGCAGAACAUCAUGACCUUCAACAAGUGCACCAUCAACGCCAAGUCUUAUGGUGAUGUUAUAGACUACUCUGGACAGAGGCUUGAAAUCACUGAGGAUAUGGAGUCGGUGGACUUCUCGUUCAACCCGCUGGCCGACCCAAAGUUCCAGUUCUAUGACCACAGCCUGGUGGAGGCGGUGAAGCUGGAGAACACCGAGGUCCACGCCUUCUUCCGCCUGCUCGCCCUCUGCCACACCGUCAUGGCCGAGGAGAAGAAUGAGGGAGAUCUGCACUAUCAGGCUCAGUCACCAGAUGAGGGCGCUCUCGUCACUGCUGCACGAAACUUUGGCUUUGUGUUCCGCUCUCGAACACCGGAGUCUGUGACCAUUGUAGAAAUGGGCGUACAGAAGGUCUACGAGCUGCUGGCCAUAUUGGACUUCAACAAUGUGCGCAAACGAAUGUCUGUCAUUGUGAGAAGUCCUGAGGGGAAGCUGUGUCUCUACUGUAAGGGCGCUGACACCAUCGUCUACGAGAGGCUCCAUCAGUCCUGCAGCAAACUGAUGGACGUCACCACAGAGCACCUGAACGAGUUUGCAGGGGAUGGGUUGAGAACUCUAGCUUUGGCAUACAAGGACUUGGACGAGGCUUAUUUUAAAGAAUGGAAACAGCGCCAUCAUGAGGCGAGCAUUGCGCUGGAGGACCGCGAGGAGAAACUGGACAAGCUGUCUGAGGAGAUAGAGAAAGACCUGAUGCUUUUAGGGGCAACGGCCAUUGAGGAUAAGCUGCAGGAUGGAGUGGCCCACACCAUAGAGCAGCUGGCAAAAGCGGACAUUAAGAUCUGGGUCCUGACGGGCGAUAAACAAGAGACGGCGGAGAACAUUGGCUACUCGUGUAACAUGCUGCGGGAGGAGAUGAAUGAGGUCUUUAUUGUGGCAGCGAACUCUCCAGAGAGCGUGCGCGAGGAGCUCAGGAAGGCAAGAACCUCCAUGAAGCCCGAUGCGCAAGAAGAUACGUUUGUCUCAAGAACAAUUCUGGGAAACACGCCUAAGUUCGUCGCCGACGAAACCGUCAGUGGAGAAUAUGGGCUUGUCAUCAAUGGGCAUAGUCUGGCUUAUGCCCUUGAGCCCAGCAUGGAGGUGGAGUUCCUGCGCACCGCCUGCAUGUGCAAGACCAUCAUCUGCUGUCGCGUCACCCCCCUGCAGAAGGCCCAGGUGGUGGAGCUGGUCAAGAAAUACAAAAGGGCCGUGACCUUGGCUAUCGGAGACGGAGCCAAUGACGUCAGUAUGAUUAAAGCUGCUCACAUCGGCGUGGGCAUCAGUGGGCAGGAGGGCAUGCAGGCGGUGCUGGCGUCGGACUACUCCUUCGCCCAGUUCCGCUUCCUGCAGCGCCUCCUGCUGGUGCACGGCCGCUGGUCCUACCUGCGCAUGUGCAAGUUCCUGCGCUACUUCUUCUACAAGAACUUCACCUUCACCCUGGUCCACUUCUGGUACGCCUUCUUCUGCGGCUUCUCUGCCCAGACAGUCUAUAAUGAAUGGUUCAUCACUCUCUUUAACCUGGUGUACACCGCCCUGCCCGUCUUGGGUAUGAGUCUGUUUGACCAGGACGUGAGUGACAGCUGGAGCUCUGAGUACCCGCAGCUGUACGUGCCGGGCCAGCUGAACCUGUACUUCAGCAAGACGGCGUUCGUCAAGUGCGUGCUGCACAGCUGCUACUGCUCGCUGGUGCUCUUCUUCAUCCCCUACGGCGCCAUGUACGACACCGUGCGCCACGACGGCAGGGACGUGGCCGACUACCAGUCCUUCGCCGUGCUGGCGCAGACCUGUCUGCUCAUAGCCGUCUGCAUACAGCUGGUCCUGGACAUGUCAUACUGGACAGUGGUAAACCAUAUUUUUGUGUGGGGCAGUUUAACCAUGUACUUUGUGGUCACCUUUACCAUGUACAGCAAUGGCAUGUUCCUCAUCUUUGCACCCUCCUUCCCUUUCAUCGGUUCUGCUAGGAACUCGUUACAGCAGCUGAACGUGUGGCUGACCAUCCUGCUAACGUCCAUCCUGUGUGUGCUGCCCGUGCUGACCCACCGCUUCCUGCUCAUCCAGCUCCAGCCCACCAUCAACGACCGGGUGCGGCUGAAGGUCCUGCAGGCCAAAGCAGCUCCUCCUCCUCCGCGGAGACGCACCCGCAUCCGGCGCACCAGCACCCGCCGCUCGGGCUACGCCUUCUCGCACGCGCAGGGCUACGGCGACCUGGUGACGUCGCGCCGCUACCUUCACCGGCCCGCCAAGCCGCGCUCCAGCGGCUUCACCCCGACCGGCCGCUCGCUGGGCUUCAACCCCACGGGCCGCUCGGCCGGCUACAGCCCGACCGGACGCAACCAGAGCCCCAAGCAGGAAGUGGAGGCCACCUCUCUGCAGAUGUACCGCACCAGGGACAUGGCCUUCUGACACUUGAGAGCAUCCCGCGCUCGCAAAACCAACAGUUACAGAUGCUGCUUAACAAGCGGAGCCUUCUGCAGCCUCAUGCAUUCAGAUCGCUCUACGGCAUUCAGAACACACUGUGUAUUGUGCGCGUGCUCUACCAUGAGAACAUUAUAAUGCUUGAUUGUUGAGCGCAAAGGUGUGGACAGUGAAUGACGCAUGGAGACAAUGGGAGAAUCAUACUGAGUAUACUACUAUGCAUUCUUAUAAUGGCAAUAUCACUAUCAGGAACCAACACUUCUUCUGUUGUGGGAAAGAAUACCAGACAUAGUGCCGAGGGGACUGAGAAAUGAAACAUCCCCAUGAUGCUGGAAGACCCUGUUAGCAGACAAUAGCAAAGCACGAUCCCAGUCCAUAAUUGCACCAGACGCCUUACUUGAAUGCGGCUAACCUGUAUUCCAGGUAUCACCGGAACACUACUGUCAGUGAGGACGUAGACAUGAAGACACGAUGACCACUGCCAUUGUAUUGAGCAUUUGGCAUGUGUUUAAAUUUCUCAGCACAGUAGCUGUCGCCUGGAAAUAUUGACCUGCCUUCAGCUGAAAGUGAGGACAGCAAACUGUAUAGUUAUAUAUAGAUAGAGAAAUCUGAUCAGGUCAUACCCUCUUAAUUCCACUUUUGUUGAGAUGGCACACUCAUACAAACCACUCACAUAAGGGUGUACUAGGCCUAUGCCUCAAAUGAAAAUGUUUAAUGGGUGAUCAGCUUGCUUUUUUUUUUAACAAACAAACUCCAAAGAACAGACCUCAGAAUGUAAUGUUUAUUUUGAAAUGAGCACACUUAAUUUUUUACCAUAAGGGAAUUUGCUAGAACAUAUGAUGCAGUGUGGUCACAGUUUAUGUUGUUUAAUACAGUGUGUUCUGGUUAUCUCUACGUUGUCUACUGGAGCUGUACUGUAUUUGUGUAGCCUGACAGGGACUUAGCUGAUAGCCAGUAUCUAGGCCUAAGGUUUGGUUGACAUAAGUGUUUUAAAUGUUACAAACCAAAAAGACCAAAUUUGUAAGACCAAAUUUAACAAUUCUUUGCAAUACAAGAAUUUUAUAGCAGCUGAAGUCAGACUCGAGUCGAGCCCUUUAAUGUAUCAAGCACUUCUGUCAUGCCAGCUUAGUACAAUGAAAAUGCUGUUCAACUCAACUUCAGCUUACAUUAUUUCAUCAAAGUUUCACUAGCAUGUAGCAUCAUAGCCACUGUGGUACGCAGUCAUUUCCAUCCGUGUUAACUGAUUAAAGGGUCAAACACACGUGCUUCUCCACUAAACCCACGGCCACUUUCCAUACACUAAAAAAAGACCACUCUCUCCCCUACGUUUCUGUCUGAGAAGGAUUCUUUAUAGUAUUGUAUAUAUAGCACCCCUAGUGUAUUGCUAGCCUGACUUCACUCUUCUUUGGCAAGGUGAAGCGAACUGAAAUUGAGAGGAAGUACGCAGACAGGCAGAGUCAGGCUAGUGUACUGCAGCCUUCGUAAGAAUGAGUAAGUACGCAGACAGGCAGAGUCAGGCUAGGGUACUGCAGCCUUCAUAAGGAGUAGAAAGAGGGAUAGAAAUCAUCUCUUGGUGUUUUAUCUUGGUGUCAUAAUGAAAACAAUGAGGAAAAAUCCAGCCAUGAUUUUGUUAAAAAUUUUGAUUUCUUUAUGAUGUUUUAUUUCUUCUCAGAAUAAAUGAACUGCCCUUGAAGGUUGGAUUUUUAGGGGUCCAAACACAGAAGCUGUUGGAUCUCUAUUGUUUUUCUACUGAUUCUUCCUCGUUAUUAUUUGUCUGUGCAUGAUCUCACAAAACUUGUAUGUCCAUAGAUUGCUCAUAUCUGUCCAUAGACGGCAUUAUAAUAAGCAGGUUUACGUUUUCUUUGCUCAUACUGUAUCUCCGGAACCAUCCUUGAGAGUUAUCACAUCUAACCAAGUCAUGGCAAUUACCACCAAAUUUUCCCUAAAAACUUGAAAGUGAAACUGAUCUAAUCUCCUCCAAGGCUGUUCAUCUGAAUCAAAUACAAAUUCCACAUACCAUGUUGACAAAAGUGAUUUUUAAUCGGAAACAUACUCAUUAACCAAGUUUCCAGGUGUGGCCCAGUAUGGUUCUAUUGCCUAAUGCCCAUACAGUAUCAUCUCCUUUAAAAGCCCAAUCUUUGGUACACACAAUCAUCAAUAGGGAGUGUUAAGACUAGCCUGUCUCUCGCCAGACCCUUGUAGUUCCGCCAUGCUCCACCAGAGGCGUUUCGCUGAGCUCCACACAGCGAGCUACAGGAUCUGGCGAAAGUCAGGUUAUGUUAAGACUGCCAAGUGUCAACAUCUCAAUAUUGAUACAAGUAAGCAAGUAAAUGUGGCAUCCAUCAGUAGGUUACAUUGACAUUAUUUGUGAGAGAGAUUUGUGUAAUGUUACAGGGAAAUGAAAGGAAUGAAGGUCUUUAUAUCUUUUCUCCACUGCAGGGCUGGUGGUAGUUAGGUUAUGUGUGUUUACAAGAUAUAAAACUAAAUGGUUGACAAAGCCAAAAACACCAUUUAGUAAUUUCUUGGUCAAAUUAAUAUUCAGCAUAGGUUUAGAUUCAUACUGGGCCCAAGCUAGGCUUUGACCCAAAGAGAACUUGAAAGAUUUGAGGAUGCUGAGGUCUGUCUAAGGCUUCUGAGGCAGAGGUGUGUACUGUAUCCAUGCUCUGAAUCCAUGAUUUCAGUCAUGACUAUCACAGUUAUUGUACUCAUUUAUAGACACUGCAUUUUCAGACUGGACACUAGCCUUGAACAUGAUAUGUAUUUCAGAGAUACCAAGUUGUUUUAAAUAGCUUCAUUUGCCUUCUAUGUGCCUUCUUAUAUGUAAUAGAAUUAUCUCUCAAGUUUCAUUACAAAUGACUAUUUUCUUUUUUAAAUGAAAAUAUUUCAGAAUAAAUAAUUGU